GUAGUAGUCUACUAAUCCCUGCGCCCAGUUGGUGGAAAUCCCCACGUGGUUUCCACUGGUGUAUAAAAACUUUGGGUGCGCGGAGCCCCUGUUGUCGUGAUUGCAAAGGGAGAAAAGGGUCUAAGUGAACAACAGCAUCUUGCAGGACGCACAGAGCUGCCCGGUACCCAGGCGCACACAAACACACACACACACACACACACACACACACACACACACACACAAAAGACACGGGACUCCGCGAGCUUUGUUAUUCUCUGUGGGACUGCAGCUGUUGGACUUUCUGCAUGUUGUUUGAAUGGGAAAGAGCGGGCUGGACGCUUUUGGAGUCCGAGGUUUUUUUUAUUUAGACUUAUCGGCGAGGUGGUGUACUUGUCUCCGUUUGUUUUGGUAGAUUACACAUCUGAAGUGAACAUUCCGUAUGCCAGAAGCGCGUCAACGACUCCAAACUUGCGAGUGCGCCUGGCAAUCAGAGAGAUGAACUACUGUGUGCAGAGAAAAGACGUAUUGCUGGAUAACCAACCUGAAGGCACAGUGACUGGAGUUCAUUAGCCCCACACACUAUUUUCAGCAGCACUCUUGUAUGUUUGGGAAUACAACGAUUGCACUGGCUUCUGUGGAUAUCUUGUAGCGUCUCACUUUUGGAGCACGAGUGGAUGUUCUCGCGGAACUUGCAGAAUUGUAAAUUAAGAAUCAGCUUUAAGCUCAGAGUGUGUGUCUAACAUACAUAUGCACCCUUCUCUUCCAUAGCAUUUAGACUGGAAUCUUAAGUUUAAAAAAAAUGAGCAUCUACAGUGUGGCUUUGUCAUGUUUGGUGGCGUGCGUUCUGUCCGUGCGCUGCAGCUCGGUGGCCGGGACAGAGACUCAGAGUUCGCCCCAGGAGUCGUGCGCGUCCUGCGGCCUCAGGGCGUCGGAUCAGUCGGAGCGCGUGGACAUAGACUUUUUGGAAGCGGUGAAGAGGCACAUACUGAACCGGCUGCAGAUGAGAGACAGACCCAACAUCACCCAUCCCAUCCCGAAGGCUGCGAUGGUGACGGCGCUGAGGAGGCUGCACGCCGGGAAGGUGCGCGAGGACGGCCGGAUGGAGAUCCCCAGCUUUGACGGGCAGGCUGCGUACAACAACGAGGUUCAGGCGGAGAACUCGGAGAUUAUCAGCUUCGCAGAAUCAGAUGAUCAUACAUCCAAGUCUGGCCUGUACUUCCACGUCUCCAACGAGGGCAACCAGAACCUGUUUGUGACCCAGGCCAACCUGUGGCUCUACUUCCGCGUGCUGCCAGCCGGCCCUGAGAAGGGCCUCCGGAGGAAGGUGACAGUCAAGAUCCAUUACCAGGAGGCUGCGGCUGCCGGCGGUGCGGAGGGAGGGCUGGGAGGCGGCGGCGGUGGAGGGGUAACAGGCCGUUGGGCUCUGGUGGAGAAGCGGGUGGAUCUGAAACGCAGCGGCUGGCAUACUUUCCCCCUGUCGGAGGCGGUGCGGGCUGUGUUCGAAAAAGGCGGCCGGCGUCAGGACCUGGAGGUCCACUGUGACGGUUGCGAGACGGCUGGCGUGGCUCCGGUGCUAGUGGACCCAGGCGACCCAUCCCACCGGCCCUUCCUGGUAAUGCGGGCGCGACAGGUGGAUGGAAAGCACCGCAUUCGCAAGCGGGGGCUCGAGUGCGACGGCACCAGCGGGGGCCUUUGCUGCCGGCAGCAGUUUUACAUAGACUUCCGCCUUAUUGGCUGGAACGACUGGAUCAUUGCGCCAGCUGGUUAUUACGGCAACUAUUGCGAGGGCAGCUGCCCGGCCUACAUGGCUGGCGUGCCCGGUUCGGCUUCAUCCUUCCACACGGCAGUAGUUAACCAGUACCGCAUGAGAGGCAUGAGCCCCGGCUCGGUCAACUCCUGCUGCAUCCCCACCAAGCUCAGUACUAUGUCCAUGCUCUACUUUGACGAUGAAUACAACAUCGUAAAGAGGGAUGUGCCCAACAUGAUCGUGGAGGAGUGUGGCUGUGCUUGAGUCCACACCGACAUUCAUUAUCUUUGGACUAUGGAACAGUCAGAAAGGCCUUUUAUACAAACGGGACGUUAUUGUACGGUACACAUAUACAAUAUAUCUAUACCUACUGUUUGUGCAAGCAUCACGCACACUGGCGCGUCUGGUGCAUCUCGCAAAUGCAAAAGUACCAGUGUUGUGUCCAUGUGUGUUACGUGUGUGUUUGCACAUGUCUGUGUGUGUGUGUAUUUAUCAGACUGAGUGACUGAGUGCUUGCUGUCCGCGCCGACGACCGCUCAGCGACGGGACGAGAAGGGAACGAUUAUCACCAAAUGAUACUUUGCUCUAGUUUGCCAUUUCUAGUCAAAAAAUAAUGGCUCAUCAUCUCCUCUCGAAUGAAGAUAACAAGCGCUUAAGGAAAAGUGACAGGAUCAGCCGGCGACACGAUUGGCUUCGCCCCCAACGCUCCCAAACUCCAACCCUCUUAAGUACUUAAGCACACGACAGACUUUUGUUUUUUUUUAUAAAGCACUGACAAUUCAUCCGCUUAUACAAUUCAGAAACACCAGCACUUCCCUACGACGCCGACAGACAAAGUCUGACUGUCCUCUCUGGUGAAAUCAGACCGCCAGCGCUUAACGCCUUGCAGGAUUAUAAACGCUCCACAAAAAGGUAAAAGAAAGUCCUCCACGUAGCUGCUGCUGCGGCUCUUGCCAUUCUUGCUGUUGACCACGGGCCUCAACUUCCUGCCUGUCAAGAGAGAGCUGCAGGCCCUGCUACCAUGACAACCAGGUGAAGAUAGAUCUCAUAAGUGCAUUCACUUGUGGACUGGGAGCAACAGAGAGAGAGAACCGCUUCCGCCCCCCCCAGAAACUGAAAUGCACACCCUGAAUAGCACUUGUAUAAAGAACUGCCUUCCAAGGGGUACUGAGUAGGGGUGUAAAUCAUAGGUUUUUAAUCACGGUACCAACAUCGAUUCCUUGGACAACAAUACAAUAUUUGGCUGAAAGUCACAAUGCGAUCACGAUUGGAUUCAAUUCAGGGGCCUGCGAUCGAUUUGAGACGGCUAAAUGAGCCCAUUUAACACAGUUACAUUUAUGUCAACUCAAAAAGGCAACUUACAUAUGAUUUGACAACUUUAUAACUGAGCUCUUCAAGAUAUUUAAAUGAACAACAAACUACUCUUUUUAAUAAAAAGAUCAAAUAUAAAGUGGGAAUAUAAAAUAAGGAGGCAUCUUACCGAUGAUAUGUAUCGAUAAUAUCGAAUCAUGGAUCAUUGAAUCGAUACGCCGAUCCAGAUCGACGUAUCAUUACACCCCUAGUACUGAGUGUCCUGUCCUAUCGCUAAAUAAGUGCCACAUGAGCUAUGCAAUGUAUAGUAACCUAUACCCAUACUCAACAUGCUCUGUUAGACUGGAUUCUCUUUCCAUCUUUCUCUCUUCUCUCUCCUCUCUCUCUCCUUCUUUCUCGCUUCACUCCUCGACUCUUUAUCAAUACUUGAAAUGUAAUCUUUCGCUUCCUUUCCAAAGCGAAUGAUUGUUGUGACGUUUGCACUGAAAAGUUGCGGGAUUAGUGAGACAAAAACUGCCAUUGAAAAGUUAUUUUUAUAGAAGUAAAUUGAAUUUUGUUUCAAAUGUAUUUUACCUAAUUAAUGGAACCAAAGAGGCCAAGAUUUUAGCUAUUGUACUAAGAUGGCAAGGCCAUUGAGUUACUGUGUACAAUACUGUUUUUGAUCAUUUGCAAUAGGCCUACCACUGUAUCAGGGUACGAUAUAUGAUUUCAUUUCUUAGCUCUAUUUUCAUUCCGUUUUGUACAAUAAGCAACACUUCAUUUUUUUCAUCUUUAAUUCUGUUUUUGUUUUAAGUUUUCUAUUUAAUAAAAAAGUUAUUUUUAGUUCCUUUCUAAGAAUCAUUUAGUCAAAUAAAUGUCAUCUGUACAGUUUAUGUAAAAUAAAAUGUUUUCUUAAAUAUUCA